CCCCUUUUGCCAAUGGCAUUCCCGUCGGCCGACGGCCCAAUGCUUAAGGAAUUUGGAUCUUUUCGGGGUUCAUUUGCCCGCAGAAUGCUUCCUGACGUUCGCGGCGGGCACGGUCAGCGAAUAAAUCAGCCUGGUUUUGCAGCCAGAGCAUUGUUGUUGUCCUGGGCGGUGCGAUUCUCGCCCGCAGAGUUCUCUCUACAAUUCCUUCGCAGAAUUAACCCAAUUGGCGUGCUAUGUGAACUUCCGAGUUGUCGGGGCAUUUGUGGGUUGUUGGCAAGGAUCUAUACAUGUACCGGCUAUCUACCUCGUGGUACCGCGUUCCACGGUAAGUGUAUAUCUGUAACGCUAUCAAUCCGCCGAUACGGAUCGCAGCAAGCCUCGUUCAUUUCAAACUCAGGAGUUGAGAGGAAUGUAUGACAUUAUCUUCGGAACUACGUCAAAAAAACUGCAGAAAACUAUCCUUGAUAUCAGGAAACAUGCCAGACAUUAUCUAUACCGUGGUCAACGCAUCUUGGCCAUGAAUAAUGAGGUCUCUAAUACAGGAGGAGCUCGAUCCCUUGACAAGGAAUUGGAUCUAUUUGCAGAACCAAUCAAAAGUCUCCUCCACCUCUAUAUGUCAACGCCAGUCCCAGACACCAUAGCGAAAUACGAAAGCAGCAGCUCCAGUGCUACUAUUGAAGAAGUUCUCUCUAAAGCGGAUGCACCACCUCAGGUCCUGCUCUUCCACAUUCAAGGCAUUCUCAUGUACCUACACCAGGAUGAUGAGUUCUAUGAGGACUUUUCCUACUUCGGUGAGCGCAUUCGGUAUCUCAAAUUAUUGCUGCAAGAACAAAAGCAUCGGACGAUGAAGGAGCUGUUGCACAACUCGAGACAGGCUUCAAUGGUGGACGUUCCGGCUCGUAGUGAUCACGUGAGCAGCGUAUAAGGCACUGCCCUGACUUCACGAAACUUCUGGCUUAUUUCGCGCUGAUUUAACAUUUGCCU